UCAGCUGCGAAGAGCUUAGGUUAAUUCUUAAAAUAGCUUUAAAAAUUAAUUAAAAGUAUAUUUCUUUUACUUACGAUUUGCUUAGAGCUAGGCGAACUUACCCUUGCCCGUUAGAUGUCGCAAAAACCAAUAUGGCUAAUUGGUAGAGUUGCUAUCGCUUUUUGUUGCAUAAACCGGUUUCGCUUUCGGUUUCAGUUUCAAUGAAAUUUGCAUUUCAAAUACUGUCAGCGCUUAUAAAGAAUAUUUAAGUAAAAGAAUAAAUAAACUUUGUUCUAUAAUUCAAGUUUCACAUUCCCUGUAAAUUGUAUCAAUCGCCAGUGGCUUUACUACCUUAUUUUUGUCAUAGUUGAUUAAAACACACAGUUUUCAAACGGCGCUUCUUUCAUAAAUACCAAAUAAAACAGCAGCAAAGAAUAAAUAAUACUAGGAAGACUCCAGUUUACCGUACGUUCUCUGAAUUUAUAUAAUCCAAAUGGAGCUAAUAAAAUGUUACUACAAAAGGAUAUUAUUCAACUGGUAGGCUUGGCAACUCUUCAUUUUGCUUUUUCCUGUACUUCCCUUGGGGGCUUGCGGCCAUUGUUUACUUCGCAUUUAGUGAUAAAAGUAGUUGUUUUAUGAAAAAAUAAACAAAAAGUAGUGAAAGCAUAAGCCGACAAUUAUACAGCUUUGAAAAUGUAAACAAACGAGAGCUCCUGAAUGCGUGUAAGUUUUUUGUUGGCAAGUUCUCAGCGAAAACAAUUGACGAUCGGAUAAGCACAAAACAAAAUAGUGUAGCCUUUUACUAUUUGAGAUUUUAAUUUUGUAACACAAGCAAAAAAUAUACUCAGACAGUGAAGACAUGGAUACUGCAGAGACAGGCAUAUCUGUGCCAGAUGGCGGAUGGGGUUGGGUGAUUGUGCUUGCCGUUGCAUUGAUUAAUAUGACCAAUACAUACAUACACUCCGUUUUCGGUUUGCUCUUUGGUGCCAAAUUGCAUAGUAUGCAGGAACAUACCUUUACCGCUGCAUUAAUUUUGAACUUGAGUAGCUUGACCUUGAAUUUUUCUGGUUUAUUUAUUGGUCCAGCCAUUAAGGCAUUUAAACCACGCAAGGUCGCAAUUACAGGCAUUUUACUAGUAUCUUGCGGAUUGUUCCUUUGUGCAUUUGCAGGAGAGAGUUGGCAUCUCAUUGUUGGCUACAGUUUAUUUGUUGGCCUUGGAUUCGGGUUAAUUACGCCAGCAACAUUUAUGGCCAUAAAUUCGUAUUUUAAUGCAAAGCGCGGCCGCGCUGUAGGAUUAGCGUUGGCUGGUGCUGGCGUAGGACAGGUGACGAUGCCACACUUAGUGCGUUUACUUUUAGAUAGUUAUGGUUUUCGAAUCACAGUUCUGGCCCUGUCUCUAAUUUCGCUUGUUGGCCUUGUGGGUGCCGCUUUGCUAAAGCCAUUUGCAGCACCAAUCAAACAUAAUAAUCGACAAAGUAUACGUCCGUUGCUAUCAACUGAUGAUGAGAAAGCAAAAACUUGUCCGCCGCAGUUUGAAGCGCAUGUGGUUGAAUCCACCGAUUUGGCAAAGGCGGAAGAAGCACAUAGACGGGAGAGUUGCUGCAGCAAAAUGAGCCAUCGUCUGGUGCAAGCCAUGGAUUUAGAACUGCUUAAAGAUGUGACAUUCUUGAGCAUUAUCAUCGGUAUGGCACUGGUAUACACAUCCACCAUGCAGUUUACUAUGCUGUUUCCGCAGUUCUUGCAGAACUCCGUUGGCUUCUCUUCAUUCAAUACAGCAACUUGCAUGUCUGCUAUAGCUGGCGCUGAUAUUACAUGUCGACUUUUAUUACCCUGCAUCACUGACAAGCUUAAAAUACCCUACCGCGUUGUAUUUCUGUUGGGCACAAUGGGCUUACUCAUUUCGCGUGCUGCUCUAGCCGAAUCGAUGGACAUGGCAACAAUCAUAGUGAUGUCAAUUUUCUGUGGUAUGACAAAAUCUGCGACGGUGUUGAAUAAUAAUUUAACGAUUUCAAGUUACUGCCGUCCGGAAAAACUACCAGGUGGUUUGGGUUUAAAUAUGAUUGCUAAAGGUGUGCUCGUUAUUACUGUUGGUCAAUUACUCGGAUGGAUACGUGAUUACACACAUUCUUACAUACUGAGUAUGCAUGCACAAAAUAUUUUACUACUACUGGUAGUGUUAGUGUGGACGCCAGAGCUUUUUUGUCAGUACAAAAAACAUCGUGAAGCAAAGCGGGAGGCAGCCGCCAAAAGAGAACCGUAUAAAAAAAUGAGUUUCUGCUAAAUUAUAAGGAGUUUUUAUGAUAUACGAUUUUUAGCCAGUAUUAACUUCAUGAACAUUUUAUUUCAACAUACACAAUCUCACACUGAUAGUUUUUAAAUUUGGAUCAUUAAACUGUCAUAAUUUCAUUCACAUAUUUUA